UCGCGGUACCUUCCCGCCAUAUUUGAAUCCCGAAUAAUAUACCGAAAAAGAGUACGAUUUUUGGAAAUAUUUUAUCAGAUAUUCUACCAGCAAUGGUUGAAAACCCAAACGUGAAAGAUGAACGAAAUGGAUCUGCCAUUACAGAAGACGAGGCCGCGUUGUAUGACCGACAAAUUCGGCUCUGGGGUCUGGACGCUCAGAAAAGGCUCAGAGCUUCAUGUGUUUUGCUGGUUGGUAUCAAAGGUCUUGGUGCUGAAAUCUGUAAAAAUCUUGUCCUGUCAGGUGUGAAAUCUGUGACGAUAGUUGAUCCUAGUCCAGUAAAUAAACAAGAUUUUGUUUCACAGUUUCUUGUACAACGACAAGACCUAGGAAAAAAUCGUGCAGAGUCAUCUCUCCAGCGAGCUCAACAGCUUAACCCUAUGGUGCAAGUUACAGCUGAUUCUGAGGAUAUUUCCAAUAAAAGUGACAGUUUCUUCAAAGAUUUUGACUUGGUGGUAGCAACAAAUUGUUCAGCAGAUCAGCUGAUUCACAUUAACGACAUUUGCCAUGCUAAUGGUGUUAAGUUCUUCGCUGCUGAUGUGUUUGGCUUUUAUGGAUAUAUGUUUGCAGACCUUGGAGAGCACAAAUAUGUUGAAGAGAAACCAAAGAUUAUCAAGGCAUCACAAAAGAAAUCCUCAAGAUCAGAUGGUCAGCCAGAUGUAAAACGUAGAAAAGUUGAUGUCAAUGAAACUACCAUAGUUCAAAAGUUUGCAGAGUUCUAUAGAUUGAAAGCUGCACUGACUUGCAAACUGGAUAACAGACCUGCAAAGAUUAUAAAAAGAUUACCCUCUGUAUAUUUUAUGUUGAAAGUUAUAUUAAAAUUUCAAAGUCAGUAUGGCAGAUUACCGCAAACUUCCAUGACUACCAAGGAAAAAGAGCAAUUGUUAACAUUACGUGAUGAAGUAAUGCAAGAACUUAAUCUUGACGUAACUCUUCUUCCCGAUGAGUUUGCUAGCCACUGUACGGCAGAAGUGAGUCCUGUAUGUGCUAUUGUUGGAGGCAUUGUGGGACAGGAGGUUGUCAAGGCUGUUUCUGGGAAAGAUGCUCCACUGAACAACUUUUUCUUCUAUGAUGGCCUAGAGGGUCAUGGAACAGUUGAAUGCUUCAACUGAUUUCACAUCUGUUUUGCGUGCACAUGUGUUACCUUGUUAAACAGAUGAAUGGUGUUGGAUUCAUGCACCUCUCUGAAAUGGACUUUUGGAGCCAGCGUUGGUUGUGGUCACUUUAAGACAGAUCACUGACUGUUGCGUCACAAGUGACUUUCCAUUUGUAUAAAAUGUUAAAAGUUCAGUUAAGGUGGCUCCCUAUAGUU